AUGGCAGCAGGAGGACCUGAUCCGUUGUUUGGAUUGAGGAACAGUUUCUACUUGGGUGCAUACCAGGCAGCCAUCAAUAACAGCGACAUCCCGAAUCUCUCCGCAGACGACGCCGUUGAAAGGGACUCAAUUGUUUACAGAUCUUACAUUGCCCUCGGCAGUUAUCAGCUUGUGAUAAAUGAGAUCGAUUCGUCCGCGGCAACGCCACUUCAAGCUGUAAAAUUGCUUGCUUUGUACCUCUCGAAUCCCGCCAACAAGGAAAUGACAAUCUCUAGUCUCCAGGAGUGGUUAGGAGAUCCAGCCAUCGGAAAUAACCCUAUCUUACGUCUUAUUGCUGGGAUUAUAUUCAUGCAUGAGCAGGAUUAUAACGAAGCUUUGAAACAUACAAAUGCAGGGGGCACCAUGGAUCUGCAUGCUUUGAAUGUUCAAAUUUUUCUGAAGAUGCACAGAUCGGAUUAUGCAGAGAAACAAUUGAGAAUCAUGCAACAGAUAGACGAAGAUCACACACUUACUCAACUUGCAAAUGCGUGGCUAAAUUUGGCUGUGGGUGGUUCGAAGAUACAGGAAGCAUAUCUUAUUUUUCAGGACUUCUCAGAGAAAUAUCAAAUGACUAGCUUGAUCCUGAAUGGGAAGGCUGUUUGCUGUAUGCACAUGGGGACUUUUGACGAAGCAGAGUCACUAUUGCUUGAAGCUCUAAACAAGGACGCAAAGGAUCCAGAAACACUUGCCAAUUUGGUUGUGUGCAGUCUUCAUCUGGGAAAGCCAUCCUCACGCUACCUCAGCCAAUUGACAUUAUCACACCCGGAUCACAUACUCGUCAAACGUGCAAAAACUGCAGAAGAGAGUUUUGACAGAGCAGUACAGACGAAUGCUUGA